CCGGCAGGGGGCAGUGUGCGCAGGUCUGUGGCUGUAAACAUUACACAGGAAGAAGAUCAUCACCAAAACAGUGAAAACGCGCAUCCUAUUGCUUUGAUUUGAUUAACUUCGCUCAACAUGGCAACCACGAUCAGCACUCAGCGAGGCCAGGUGUACAUCGGAGAGCUUCCGACGGACUUCCUGAGGAUCACUCCGACAGUCCAGCAGCAGCAGGUACAGAUGGACGCUCACACGGCGCAGCAGCUGCAGUAUGGAGGCAGCCUCAACACCAUGGGCCGCAUCAGCAUCACAGUAGUGCAGGCGAAGUUGGCUAAGAACUACGGCAUGACGCGCAUGGACCCAUACUGCAGGAUUCGGCUGGGCUACACCGUGUACGAAACGCCUACAGCACAUAACGGAGCGAAAAACCCACGCUGGAACAAAGUGAUUCAGUGCCCGUUGCCUCCUGCAGUCGACUCCUUCUACCUGGAAAUCUUUGAUGAGAGGGCAUUUUCCAUGGAUGAUCGCAUCGCCUGGACUCACGUGACUAUCCCGGAGAGUCUGAGGGAAGGCAGCAUAGUUGACGAGUGGUACAGCCUGAGUGGAAGACAAGGAGACGAUAAAGAAGGAAUGAUUAACCUUGUCAUGUCCUACUCUUCAGUGCCAGCAGGGAUGAUCAUGCCGUCUCAGCCUGUGGUCCUGAUGCCCACCGUUUACCAGCAGGGUGUCGGCUAUGUGCCCAUUACAGGCAUGCCAGGUGUCUAUAACCAGGGCGUGAUGCCCAUGGGGAUGCCUGUCAGCGCUCCUCACAGUGCCCCCUACAGUGAGGAGGACCUGCAGGCCCUGAGCGACAUGUUCCCUAACCUGGAUAAGGAAGUGAUCCGCAGUGUGAUGGACGCGCAGCAGGGGAACAAGGACGCUGCCAUUAAUUCGCUGUUGCAGAUGGCUGAGGAGGUCUGAUGGCGCUGUAAAUGCACACAAGGCACUCAGUGGGUACACACAAAGGCCACUAAGACCAUUCACCAACAGUAGGAUUAUUAUGUUUUCGCUUCCCUGUCCAUCAAGUCAAAAUAAAGGCGCAACAUCACUGGAUUUUAUAUUAAAAUAGCAGCACUCUGAUGUGUUUUUUUUUUUUUUUUUUUCCUUUCCUGAAAAUAAUCAUGUUUUGGUUUCCAUUCUAUAGUUUGUGGCUUUAUUGUUCGGUAUAUUAUGUAGCCUUGUCUCCACUGAGAGCUAAAUAUAUAUAUAUGUAUAUAUAUAUAUAUAUAUAUAUAUAUAUAUAUAUAUAUAUAUAUAUAUAUAUAUAUAUAUAUAUAUAUAUAUAUAUAUAUAUACAUACAUACAUAAUUUAACAGGUUGUAAUAUAUUCUGAAGAUAAUUAAAGUUAUUUAGGGCAAGUCUAACGAUAAUGGCAGAUUUGUAAAUGUCAUCCGGUUGCUAAAUAUUCAACAAUAUUUCACAUUUCCAGCAAAUACAGUUGCUUGUUCACUAAGACAAUAAUGCCACUGUAACUCUGCCUUGGGUUUGGAUGCACAGUUUGUAAUUAAUUUACAGUAUAAUAAAGCAAAACAUGCUAAACAUACGUUUCACGUUUGUAAGCCGAUUUUUCUAAGUCCUAGUGGGUCACUGAGAAUCCUAGAACAUGAUCUAUGAUAGACAGAUCUCAUGUCGUUUAGCUCAGCGCAGUGAAUCUGUUUGCUAAACUAUACACACAAGAUGACAGUGCAUAGUUUUCUUCACGCCAGAAUAAUACAUUUAUAAUAAUUUCUAACUUUGGUAUGAAACUGUUUAAUCGUCACUGUCCUGCCUAAAAUGGACCAUUAAAUCUAAGAAUCGUUAUUGUAGUUACUCAGAGAAAUCUAUUUCCCACAGUUCCUUGCUGUGUUAAAAAUUAGACCACCUGCAAUGCCAAAGGUUUUUUUUUUUUUUUUUAAUUGAUGAUGAUUUGAUAGUUUAAUGUUCAGCCUACUGCUACCUGACAUGAAGUUUCUUUGCGAACUCGCAGAAGCAUCUUGAUGUGCAAUUGAUUGUGCGAAACUUUGCAUUCCCUGUGCGUUCUGAGUAAAUAUUAGAGCUCUAUAUUUUAUUUAUUCAUUUCACAGGCACUCACUAACUAAUACUAAAAGCACUGGUUGUAAAUAUAAGGAACACAUUACCCAUAAUUCUAUACUCAGUGAAAUUGGAUACAUGCACAAUGCCAAAGGUUUUGUUUGAAAAUUAAUUUCGAGGUUUUUUUUUUCUUUGACUUGAAGACAAACUAAUAUUUGCGAGGUCAGCAUUAAUUGUCUCCGUUCAUGUUAAAUUAUUAUUAUUAUUAUUAUUUUUUUAAUUCUCACAGCAGAUGUUGCCAUAUUCCUUGAAAGUCCGGAAGUUCUCAUGUAAGACCGAGAAAUCAGAUUUAAUAUGUGGCUCUAAAAUUCCUCUAAGCCAUUCUUGACUUCUUUUCCAAAGUGAUGCCCUUGUUGGCCUUAGGAAUGCAAAGCCGAAUGCAAGUCUUGUCUUUUAAUCUUAAAUACGUUUCGUAUUCUACAUAUCCGUAUCAGAUUGCACAUGAAGCAAUCAACCACUGAUUGCUUACAGUAAGACUUAAGUCCAGGAUUUUUCAUUUUCAUUUAAUUUAGACUUGCUUAAUGAUUUCUUAAUGUGGUCAAGCUGUAAAAUCAUGAAGUUCUCAGAUCAAUAAAAUGCUUAAAGCAGGUUGUUGUUGUUGUUGUUGUUGUUGUUUUAAAAUCAUACUGUAAGUACUUGCUUUUAAAUCUGCAGUAAAAAGGAUACCAGUGUAUUUAUUUAGUCCCUUAGUGAGGAUGUUACAUUUCUACAUUGAUGUUUGAACUCUUUGGCACUUUACUUUCUGAAAUGUUUGAAGUUGAACAGUAUACACAUGAAUGACAAUAAAUCAAAAAAUAUUCUAGUCUUCA